AGGGAGGAAAUGCAGACACGUUUCUAUCGGGUUUCUCCCACGGUCCUUAGCUGGAUACGACUUGAACAUGACAACUAACAAAAGUGUACACUCGUUUGGACUGAGAUGAACAUAUUACUACAUCCAGCAGUUGGCGUAGUAUUAACAGUACUUCCAUGGACCACAGCACCUCAGGGCCCGGUGCCGAUACAGUUUCAGGUGUCCCCUGUGCAGGUGGCCUCAGGAAGAAAUGCCAUCUUCGUCCUACAGACCAUCACGGACACGUUCUCCAUCUCAUGGCUGUCUCCAGGAGGGAGUACCCUGGGACUAUGGAUUGGCGGCCAUGCUGAACUCAACCCAGUACCUCAAUACCAGGGCAGAAUCUUCAUCACCGCCACCCAGCUCACGAUCAGUGCUUGCCAGCUCAUCGAUGCUGGAAACUACACAGUCAACGUGAUACCGUCCGCUGCCACUGGACUCACUACCAGCUCUCUCUCAGUGACCUUGAAUGUGUUUGACGCUGUGACUCAAGUGAAUCUGACUGUGCCCUCUGUGGCCAUAGAGGGCAGAAACGUGUCCCUACUCUGCACCUGGGCCACAGGGUCGAACACCAGCGUGGCGUGGAGCAAGGGCGGCUCCAGCCUCCCCUCGGACCCUCAUAUCAUCAUCAAUGCUGGCUCUCUCAUCCUCAGCCCAGCCAGCAGGAGUGAUGCUGGGCUGUACAGCUGUACUGUCAGCAAUCCCGUCAGUGCGCAGACGGCGACGGCAACCCUCACCGUGUACUAUGGUCCGGACACCCCCCAGGUGACAAAGACAUCUUUAGGGUGUGUAGGUGGAGGUGAUGCUACAGUGGGCCAGACAAUCCAACUCGCAUGCAUGUCUGUGUCUCUGCCCCCUGCCAAGCUCUCAUGGCAAUAUGGCAGCAUGCCAUUGACAACUAGCCAAACAGAUGGUGGCACGCUGAAUUUGCAGGUUUUCUCCACCAACCAGAGUGGGCAGUACGUAUGCAUGGCACAUAACGGCAUCACAAUGGGCAUGUCACAGCAGCAGCUGACGGUCACUGUUGUGGGAACAUGUCUCAGUGCAGGGGCAGUUGCAGGAAUUGUCGUUGGCUGCUUUGUUGCUCUCGUAUUAAUAAUCAUUGCCAUUGUGCUGAUACUACGCCAGCGACAUGUUGAUCAGAGACUCCGGGAUGUCACUGGAGUUCAGAAGACAAACUUGAACAAUAAUCCACCUGUUCUUGCGGCUUCGCCAAAUAGAAUUGUCACUUCUGGGAUGCCUCGGAAUGGUGACCAGCCCGCCCCACCAAGGCACGGUCAGCACAACUCCAGCGCCUUUCCCCAGUCGGGCCGAGAGAAUCCAGAUAUCCUCAUACAAACGGGCCAUACUGAGCCAGGAGCUCACACUGUUCUAAUGAACCUCAGCUCUCUGGCACACGAGCAGCAACACAGCAGCACGGUGCAACCCCGCACUCUGCAUGUCAACCUCAGCACUUCUCAUCCAUCCCCAGGCCAGCCGGACCAGAAUCCUAGACAUUAUAAUCAGCAAAGCAAUAUGUGCCAGCAAGCAUACCCCAAUGUUCAAACUCGGACAGAAAACACUGGUAAUACAGCCCAGUCUGCAUCUGAGAGAGCCUUGGGAAAUGGAGCUCAAGAACCCAGUAAUCUUGUUCGGACUGACCGCUCAUACCCCAAUAACCAGGGACUAGAUCGCCAUAUAAAUGACCCUGCAUAUGCUCAGUCUGUGCCCCGUCACAGACGCCAAAACCGCAGGCGUUCCAGAAGCCCUGACCCUGCGUUAGGUUCCAGCACGCAUCUCCGACAGAUGCCAUGGGACAAUCUUAUGGGAACACCGGCAUACCCCAAUGCUCAAGUUGAUGAAUUAGACAGUUCAGAGCACCCAUCCCCAACAUUGCGAGGCAGACCGUCAAGGUCAGAUCCACAGAGGAUGCGGUCUGCUCAGACACCAAGAUGGAGAUCACCUGAAGACAAGCACAUGCGCACUGCCUCUCAAGAUCCAGGCGGACAAUUCCAGAGGCAGGAAGCACAGCAUCACUCCCGGACAGACCUGAAUGUGCCGAGGCAAAGCACACAGCCAAACAUCAACAGCCAGGUGCCCACUGAUUGUCAGAAUCCAACUAUCCAAGCACAUGGCACCCAGGCCAGAGCUGUGCCUCAAAAUCACACCACUCAUACAAGGACUGCUCAGCACAUACACAUGAUUGGCCAGACCAGGCAAGAUGAGAGACAUGCUAUACCAUACACUGUCAACAUCCCACACACUGUUCCUCUCACUCAGGCUGCUCUGGAACUUCAUACCAGUCAGACUCCCAGUCCACUCGCCAGCCGAAUUCAGCAAACCCCGGUGGUCCUGCCAACCCCUCGGCCAAAUCACUCUCAUCCAACCGCACAGCUCAACCGCCAAGGCCGGAGGCCUCCAACUCCCCCUCCGGUCCUGAGGCCUGCAGCAUUCCAGACUUUACCACGGAAACAUCUGGAACAGUCACACAUGGCGCAACCUGCAAGGAAACCUGACGUGCACAGACACAUGGGGGACCACCACGGCAACCCGCAAAGACGACCAGGGAACCAUCACGUUCAUGCCAGUAGGAACCCACCACAUAUGAACCAGCAGUUCCACAGAAGCAGACCCAGGCUCUGAGACGGUCCAGGCAAACCACAACACAUUUUGAUAAAACACAAUACAUGUGAACAGUUGACAUUUUACACUGACUUAGUCCUUCUUUCCAGUUCAGUGUACUUAAUGGUAUCUGCACUUGUUUCAAAUCUGUUGUGUUCUAACUAUGAAAGAGAACCACCAAAUGGACAGGUUUAUAAUAACUGUAUGCAUUUAUUUAAUAUGAAUGACUUUGAAAAUACUAAUAACUUUUAAGGAGUGGAGAUUAUCAUGAAGGGCUCAAGCAGACUGAUAUUUUUUUAAACAGAAUAAUCUAGAUUUGAUAGUCAGAGUAUAAUUAAAGGAAAAAAGCAUGCUGAUUAAUUACAUACCUGUUUUUCUUUUUUCCUUUAUUUAUUUCAUUUAUUCAUUCCAAUUGUCAUUUUGGCAAAGUUGAGAAUAAAUUCAUAUUAUUGAUACCAUAUUGAGAUCCAAAAAGAAAUGACUACUAUAAUGAAUUUUAAUAUAACAGAAACAAAUAACAGCAACAAAUAAGUUAGCUUACAUAGUUUCCAUUCAUGUGUAUUUCUGCUUUGACAAUUACAAAUAGGCUAUAGGAAAGUGAAAAGCGAUUGGCAUUUGGCUCAUUUUGUAUUUCUUCUAGGUAUUGGUUCCUGUAUUUUGCAGUAUUCAAAUUCAGCGGUAUAGUUGACUCUAACUUACUGUACUGGGUAGGAUACCUUAUAUGAGUAGUGUUUAUAUAUAUAUAAAUAUAUAUAUAAAUAAAUUAAUUGAUUUCUGAAUGGUAUAUUGCUGAUACUUUCAUCUUGAAUUAAUAGUCAUGUGAAGCAGUUGGAUCUGUUUACAGUACUUGCCCUACAGCUAUCUUACCUGGGGUCUGGAAGUCAGUAUAUUAAAUCUGAUAACAUGGGUGGUGGAAGUCAGUAUAUUAAUCUGCUAAUAUGGGCGGUGCUUCAUAGCUAACUGACCAGCUAAAACAUUUUUGUUUUGUUUUGAGAAUUUUUCCAGAUAGCCACUCAGCAAGCACAAACUCAGCACAAUGAUAUGUGUAUGAUGGUGGGAUGUAGGUGGAUGUUUUAAAAAAGUCUUUGAAGAAAUUAAAGCGCUCCGUUUCUAUAUAUGUUUUUGAUUUAAUUGUAAUUCCAGCGAGCGGUGUCCACUACUGAAUUCAAACUUCUAACUAAUUUUACUGCUGACACUAGUUUCUCAAACAUGUGUGACCAAUUUGGUUUAAUUAAGGAACUCUUUUUAUACGUGAAAGGUGUAAUGUGUGCACAUUUAUUAACAAUGAAUUUAUCAAAGUAACACAUUUCAGACUCCCUUCCACUUUCCAGAGUACACUAGGCAUUUUUUUGUUGAAAUACUACAGGAAUAGCAGUUCUUUAGGCUUUAUUCUUCAAUACUUGGUCAUGAGGAUAAGGUAAACACUACAAAUCAAUUGUUUAGCGAAAUGUGCAGGGAUUAUAAAUUAAAGAUGUGCUUUAUUUUCAAACAAA